AUAGAUUCUAUGCGCUCAAUGCGUGAAACGGAACGCACCCAUAUUCUUGAAAACGUGUCCAAAGUUUCUCUUCCCGCCAAAUUCUCAUCAACAUUAUUUAAUAUAAUAGACGCCUUUAUCCACAUUCUUAUACUGCCUUCUUGUAUAAUUAAUCGACGAAAUGGAAGCUAAUAUUGCACUAGCUGGUCAAGCACGUGUACAGGAUGAGGUCGGAAUCAAGUGUCAAAAAUUGUUUCAAGAUUUCUUGGAGGAAUUUAAAGAAGAUGAAGUGGUUAAAUAUCUGGAACCAGCUAAAGAACUUGUCAGUCCAGAGCGGUGUACAUUGGAGGUGUCUUUUGAAGAUACAGAAUCAUAUAAUCAAACUUUGGCUACAACCAUAAUCGAAGAAUACUUUAGAGUAUAUCCAUUUUUAUGUCAAGCAGUUUGUAACUUUGUCAAAGACGUAGGACAGUUGCAAAAAGAUAAGGAAUGUUACGUUAGUUUUGUCGAUGUACCGACUAGACAUAAAUUAAGAGAAUUAAACACGUCACGAUUGGGUACUUUGGCACGUAUAUCUGGACAGGUGGUACGAACACAUCCAGUUCAUCCAGAGUUAGUUCUUGGGACAUUUGUUUGUAUGGAUUGCAAUGCAUUAAUCAAAAAUGUAGAACAGCAAUUUAAGUUCACAAAUCCAACAAUCUGUACUAACCCAGUAUGUAACAACAGACGACGUUUUCUGUUGGAUAUGGAUAAUUCAGUGUUUAUCGAUUUUCAAAAAGUCAGGAUACAAGAAACACAAGCUGAGCUUCCUAGAGGCUCUAUACCUCGCUCUGUUGAAAUCAUUUUGAGAGCUGAGACAGUUGAGCUGGUGCAAGCUGGUGACAGAUACGAUUUUACGGGAACUCUUAUAGUAGUGCCAGAUGUGGGAUCACUAUCUGUAUCAAAUUCUAAGACAGAAGUUGGACCAAAAAACAGAAAUAAUGAACAAAGAGAGGGUGUAAGUGGUCUUAAGACACUCGGUGUUAGAGAGUUGACAUAUAAAACUGCAUUUCUCGCUUGCAGUAUUACCGCCACAAGUUCAAGGUUUGGAGGUACAGAUUUGGCAAUGGAAGAAAUCUCACAAGAGAUGAUGAAGAAACAAAUGUCAGAAGCAGAAUGGAAUCGCAUUUACGAGAUGAGUCGCGACAAAAAUCUGUAUGAGAACUUAGUGACCAGCUUGUUUCCCGCGAUACACGGUAAUGACGAAAUUAAGAAGGGAAUUACAUUGAUGUUUUUCGGUGGUGUACCGAAGACUACAGAGGAGGGUACGUCGCUAAGAGGAGAUAUUAAUGUCUGCAUUGUCGGUGAUCCUAGCACCGCAAAAUCACAAUUCCUUAAAUGUGUAUCUGAUAUUUCGCCUAGAGCGAUUUACACGUCUGGAAAGGCGUCAAGCGCGGCUGGUUUAACGGCUGCAGUUGUGCGAGAUGAAGAAUCGUCAGAUUUUGUCAUAGAAGCCGGGGCAUUGAUGCUCGCAGAUCAUGGCAUCUGCUGCAUCGACGAAUUCGACAAAAUGGAUCCAAAAGAUCAGGUCGCAAUUCAUGAAGCAAUGGAGCAGCAGACGAUUUCAAUAGCUAAGGCCGGUGUUAGAGCAACUCUAAAUGCUCGAACAUCUAUAUUAGCGGCAGCAAAUCCCAUCGGCGGACGAUAUGACAGGAGAAAGUCGUUGCAGCAAAAUGUCCAGUUGACCGCACCUAUCAUGUCGAGAUUCGAUUUGUUCUUUGUUGUGCUGGAUGAAUGCAACGAAAUUGUUGACAAUGCUAUCGCCAAAAGAAUCAUAGAUUUACAUUGUGAUAAUUUGAAUGAUCUUCAAAUGAUUUACAAGCAAGACGAGAUUAUUAGAUAUAUUAAUUUUGCUAAGCAUUUUAAACCCGUUUUAAGUCGGGAGGCUGCCGAUCUUUUAGUAGAAAGUUACACGGCUCUUAGACAAAGAACGGGUAGCGGAAGUGGCAAGUGGAGAGUUACCGUGAGACAAUUGGAAAGUAUGAUUAGAUUGUCUGAGGCGCUGGCAAAACUAGAAUGCGUGGACGAAGUGACAGUGAAGCACAUCAGAGAAGCGAAACGAUUGUUACAGAAGAGUAUAAUUACAGUAGAACAGCCUGAUGUAGAUCUUGAGGAAGGUGGAGAUGACGCGAACUUAGGAAUGGAUGUUGACGAGCCACCACCGCUCAUGGCAGCGCUUAACGCAUUAGAUAAUAAUGAUGAUGCACCGCCUCAGACACCAGCGUCUAACGGAAUACGCGAACCACCAAAGAAGAAAUUAACAAUGUCCUUUGAGGAAUACAAAAAUCUAUCGAAUAUGUUAGUGCUCCAUAUGAGAAGCGAGGAAAAUCGUGCGGAAAGCGAAGAUGAUAAUAAAGGUGGCAUACGGAAAUCCGAAUUAGUUGCAUGGUAUCUUGAUCAAAUACAAGAUCAAUUAGAUUCGGAAGAAGAAUUGUUAGAACGGAAAAGCUUCAUUGAGAAGAUUAUUGAUAGAUUGACAUAUCAUGAUCAAAUUAUAAUACCUCUAACAAUGACCGAUUUGAGAAGUAAAGAUAAAGAGGACGAAGAAAAAGAAGAGGAUCCUUUACUUGUUGUACAUCCCAAUUACGUCAUGGAUAUAUAAUUUUUGCGCAUUACAUUAUAUUGAUACUACAAUAAAAGGCGUGCCUUUGAAAGAGAA